AUGCAAUCGGUUGACAGGGAGGGGGACAUUGAACGGAUUGCAGGUGGCAUGGUUCGCCGAGUCCAGAAUUCCACAGUCCUCCAUUUGGACCCCAAGGCAAUUAUCUAUCCCCUCCCGAUCGCCAGCCUGUGGGCCAUUGGCAACAAUGGCCUUCAUUUGUUCCCUCACCCGAAAGAACUUAUGCUCGUACUCCGCUUGUUCCACCGUCUUGGAAUGUAA